AUGGCCAAACGUAGUGGGGUAGAAGUCACUCUCUUGGUCCCACAAUUUGCUUGUUCUGAAGAAGAGAAGAGAGCUGCAGAAAGUCACAAGAUUGUCAUCAAAGAAGCAGAGAGACGUCCAGGCUAUGACCCUCUUGACUGGUUGAGCUUCCCUCCGGAAGACCUGAUAAUUGACGUGGUUGUGGGUCAUGGAGCCAAGUUAGGUAAGCAAGCCCAAAUCAUCAGGAAGUACCAUAGUUGCCAGUGGGUACAAGUAGUGCAUACUGCGCCUGAAGAGCUCGGAAUGUUCAAAAACUAUCCGAGAGCCAUUGCCAGAGGAGAAGAGAAGACUACAGCCGAAGUAGAUUUGUGUAAAUUGGCAAAUCUAGUUGUAGCAGUAGGACCCAAGUUGACGGAAGCCUACUCUGCCUAUCUUCGCUCAUGUGAAAAGCAGCAAGAUAUUAUGUCGUUCACUCCUGGUACAUUAAAAGAGUUUUCUACUCUAAAUCAAGCCUCAGUUGACUCUGAAAAGUUUAGGGUGUUGACCUUUGGUCGUGGUGACCCUGAGGACUUCGGUCUUAAAGGGUAUGAUAUCGCUGCUAAAGCAGUGGUUGAGCUGAAAGACAACUCCUACCAUUUGAUCUUUGUGGGUGCACCUGAUGACAAACAGGAGGCAGUUACGGAAAAUUUGUUGCAGAAUGGUAUUUCUAAACGUCAGCUGACAGUGAGAAGGUUUUUGCAAAGCAAAGAGAAAUUGAAAGAUUGUUUUUGUGAAGUUGAUCUCUGUAUCAUGCCAUCCCGCACGGAAGGGUUCGGCUUAACCGCGUUGGAAGCCUUGUCAGCUGGCCUUCCCAUACUUGUAAGUGGAAACUUAGGUUUCGGAGACGCUCUGCGCUCUGUACCAUCCGGCAAAUCUUUUGUGGUUGAUUCUGAGGACCCCAAGGUGUGGGCUGAGGCAAUUGCUGUUGUCCGAAAGAAGAAGAGACCAGAACGUCUUAAAGAGAUUGAACGACUGAGAGCAUCUUAUGAGGAGCAGUUCAGCUGGAAGAAACAAUGUGACCUUCUUGUUGAUAAGAUGUGGGACAAAGUUGAUGGCGCAGGUAUGUUGAUGAUUUUUCUAUUUCUUUCCGUAGACUUGUCUUUGGUUGUGGUAUUCCAAAUUUAUCCUUUCAUUGACGUGAAUACAUCUUGUACCUCGAAGUAGGUUUUUAUAAUAUAAUAUGAAAGAGAAUUUGUAAAUUUUGGUGUAAAUCACCAAUGUUCGCCAAAAAGGAAAUGGUUUGUACAAACUGAUAAGAGUGAAUAGGAAAAAGCAAAGAAAUGAACCUGUAAAACCACUUUUACCCAUCCCAAGUUUCAUGAUCUUUUUUGAUGUGAGUGUAUUCCAAAAAGUUAAUGUUUUAGUGGGACAAAUGUAACAUUUUGUCAUAAGGUCAGGUCAAAAGUCAUCUGCUCCGGUUAUUUACAAGCAAUUAUUGCUUUCUUUGCGACAUAAUUACUUUUUUAACGAAAAAAAAGGAAAAACGUAGCAAUGAAGAAUGUUAAAUGACAAGUCUAGAAUAUUACCCGCGACGUUUUAUCCCAAUACUGUUUCCCAUUCUCAAAUGAAAAGACAGUGUUUGGUAAAUAUAUAUCAAGUCAUUGGCCUGUCUUCCGAAGGACUUGACUGAGAACUCCUCGUACUUUUUAAUUUUUAAAGUCUUCCCUUGCAGCUAAAAGAAGAGCAAUUUGUGUUCUCAUGAAAUAUUUUUCCAUACAUGAUCCUGCUGAUAAGGAAAGAUCUCGUUCAUUUGAGGGCACCGCCCUUCAUAAAAAAGAGAUCUGAGUACCCGAUUGGAUAAGUGUCGCUCUCACCCCUGAUUUGGGCGGAUAUUUCUUCACUAACAGUGAGUUCGGGCCGAGUCAGAUCAUAUACAAGUUUCACGCAGCUUGCCAUGGCGAUACCGAUGGAGUUCUCAGUGGGUUAAAAAAUAUUCACGGUGAACUGAAAAUUCUGUCUUUUAUGUGAUUUUUUCUUUGUCAUAACUGAAACCUUCCUUCCAUCUACAUUGUAUGAUUUAAGGAAAUUCACCAAAAAUUAUUUUGGUUCUAGGGCUGCUUGAACGAACUAUUCAGAAUCUUCAGCGGAUGCAACUCUGCGCAAGCACGGUUAACAACAGCACUACCUUGACAGAAGAGUUAACGACGAUUGUAUCAGAUAAGGGCCUCAGAAUUUCUGACAAUCAAGGGUCAGGAAACUGUAUGUUCCAUGCCUUGUCAGAACAACUAGAAAUCGUAAAAGGAAUCAAAAUCCAACAUGGCCAGUUGAGACAGUCUUUAGUUCAGUACCUCAUGGAAAACCCAAAACUGGUGAGUUGCUGUAAUUCUCAUAAAUAAAAAGAACUAGAGGUUGAUCAGUAGUUUUGGCUACUGUGUUUCUUUCUCUCUCCGUUACUUGAAGUGCUACUCGUCCUUGCAAGGAUACUAGUCCCUUUCACACCAGAUUUCUUCAAGCAUUUUUUGAGGUUGGCCUGACAAUUAUUCCACAACUUUUCCACUCGUGGAGAGACGCAACCGCCGCUGCCCAUUUAGAUUCUUGUGGUGGGACAGUUAGGUGAUGUUUGUUUUAGCUUUUGCUGUUUGCCCACCGCGUUGAAAGCGUUAAAAAGUUUUCACUGACGUUUCCACUGUAAAGAAGUUUUGUUUCUCGUUUUUUAGAUUUCCUUGAAUUAUGUUCUCGACCCUUUUCGAAUAGCUAUUUUGAGACGCAACCGGUAUUCAAAUAUUAAUGGUUUGUCUCUUUUGCUCUUUGCAGCCGGAUGGAAAAACAGAUCUGUUUCACUUUGUCCAUGGCCAUUUGGUAUUCAAGAAACAUGGGCUGAUUACUUUGUCCAGCAUAUAUAGAACAAGAUGGCGCUUGGGGUGA